CGUUUUUGUUUUUUCCUCUCUGCCUGAAAGCGAAGCAGCCUUCCGGGACGCAGCUGCAGCCGUAUCAGCCUGUGUCAGGGCUUUCCACCAGUGCUGCAUUUUGAUGUCGCCCAGGCGGGUAAAAGCUGCAGCUAGCACCGAACACGGCCUCGUUUACUGUCAUUAAUGCUCAAGACGCACCAUGACAUCCACCCAGCAGCGGCUACUGGUUGGUUUUGCGCUUCUGUGCAUUUAUGGAGCGGUUGAAUCUAAAAGGGGUUUCAAAUGUCCUUCAGGGUGCACCUGCACCAAGGAGACCAUCAUCUGCGUCGGUACUGCCCAGAUGCCCCGGACUAUACCGAAUGAGAUCAACUCACUGAGCAUGGUUAAUGGCUCUAUUUCUGAGGUCACAGAGGGGAUGUUUGCACUAAUGCCCUCUCUUCAGCUGUUACUUCUAAAUGCAAAUUCUUUGACAACAAUCAAAGAUGAUGCUUUCUCUGGUCUUCCACAUCUGGAAUAUUUAUUCAUUGAAGGGAACAAGAUAGAAACGAUCACCAAGAAUGCCUUUCGUGGUCUGCGCGAUUUGACUCAUCUAUCGCUGGCCAAUAACAAGAUGAGGUUCCUGCCAAGAGAUCUCUUUUUUGACUUGGAUUCGUUGCUGGAACUGGAUCUGCGAGGCAACUCUUUCCAGUGCAUUUGUGAGAACAAGUGGCUGAUGACAUGGCUAAAAAACACAAACGCCACAGUAUCGGAUGUCUUCUGCGCCGGCCCCAGUGACAUGAAGGGCAAGCGGCUCAAUGACCUUCCUAUUCCACCCGGCGAGUGCAUCUCCACAGACUUUGUGCGUCAUCAGUCCAUUCCCAUUCAGUCCAUGUCCGCAGACAUCUUCUCCUUCAAAGAGGACAUCUACGUGGCCAUGGCAGCCCCCAACUCCAACAGCUGUGUGAUCAUGGAGUGGGAUCACAUUGAAAUGAAUUUCAGGAAAUUUGACAAUAUAACAGGGAAGUCUGUUGUUGGAUGCAAGUCAGUUCUGAUCGACGACCACGUCUUGAUAAUUGUCACUCAGCUCUUUGGUGGCUCCCAUAUUUACAAGUUUGAUGAUCGGCAGAACAAGUUCACCAAGUUUCAAACUAUUGAGGUCUUUAACAUCUCCAAGCCGAAUGACAUCGAGGUCUUCCAAAUGGACAGUGAAUGGUAUUUUGUGAUCGUGGACAGCUCCAAGGCGGGUUUGUCUACUCUGUACAAGUGGACGGACCAACCGGAACGCAAUGAAACUGGUUUCUACUCCUACCAGUUCCUCCAUGAGUGGUUUCGAGAUACAGACGCUGAGUUUGUCGAGUUGGACGGAAAGUCCUACCUCAUCUUGACCAGUCGUUCUCAGGCGCCUGUCGUCUAUCUGUGGAACAAAAGCACCCUGAAGUUCAUAUUUCACAGUGAAAUCCCAAAUGUCGACGACGUGGUGGCAGUCAAAGCUUUCCGGCUGGAGGACGAGAUGUAUCUGGCUAUGACCUGCUACAUCGGUGACUCCAAAAUCCUCAAAUGGGCCAAUAAGCAGUUCACGGAGGUGCAGGCUCUGCCCUCUCGAGGAGCGAUGAUCCUCCAACCUUUCAGCUUCACAGACAAGCACUACAUUGCUCUUGGCAGCGAUUAUUCCUUCACACAAAUCUACCUCUGGGAUACGGAGACCAAAACGUUCCACAAGUUCAAGGACAUUUAUGUGCAGUCGCCCCGGUCCUUUAUAGCCGUGACCACUGACCGGAGGAAUUUCAUCUUCUCCUCCAGCUUCAAGGGCAAAUCCAUGGUUUUUGAGAAUAUUAUUGUAGAUUUAAGCUUAUAAUGCCAAUAAUGCAAAAAUCAUGACUAAUCACGGUAUGAGUUGGCCCCAAUAUUUGCGUAUAUACUACGAAGGAGUUUCAAAUGCUGUAUAUCAUACUUGUGCAACUAGAUAUUUAUUUCUCGGUUUUAGACAAACAUCUUUGGCAAGUUUAUUCAACUCAUAUGCAUUUCUAACAAAAUAUGGAGGGAUUACUUGAAACUGACCACUGACAGAAGAAAAAAAUGAUAAUCUCUAAAAUAAAAACAGAGUGAAGAUAAUUUUAUGAUACUACAGAAGAAAUAAAAGGUGUUAUUAUAUAUUUAUCAUAAUUCUAUAGCAUUGGGCAUAGUGUUGCCACCUCACACAGGUAGUAAGAAAUCUGUCCUGAAGGGUUAAAUAAAAUGUAAAGAACAUGAUGUGAUUCCUAAUGGUUCACCUGUAAAGUUGGCGAUUAUUUAAAAGUGAGAAGCUUGAAAUAGAUACGAUUUGUGACGCUUUACGGAGAAGAAAACACUGAUUUAUGUGCCACCUGAAAGUGAAACUCAAUGUGACGGCAUUUUGACCUUUUGAAAUGUUGCAAAAAUUGCAAAUUAGGCACAUUUGCAUCAUCUGUUUUGGAGCCAAUGAACUAGGCUACACAAAGUGUAUUUCAAUUAGAAGUCGGUGGUAUCGGCUCUCUUUAUGCAUGGCUGUAAUCUGUCAGUAAACAGAGUAGAAAAAGUAAUGGUUGCGAACUAGAAACAAAACAAAAUGCCUUGGCCAUCUUACCCAUGUACAAGAAAAAAAUAGAGCAAGUUUAAAUUGUUCUUUGAUGUCAGACACAGCAUAAUAAUGUCCAUCUUUCAUGCUGACAAAGACACAUUAUUGCAAUGUUUUAUUCAUCUGGGAAGGAUAAACAUUAGAAAGGUGCAAGCAAAAUGUCAUUAGUUAUUAGAGUUACCCUGAAAUGAUUCAUUUGAAAACACUGGAACAACUUAUUCCAGUAACUGUUAUGAUUAAUGAGUUAUGCAUGAAACAGAAGACUUCUUCAAACCCCUUUCCCCCCAAAACACAUCUGAUUGUAUUAACUAAACAUUAUGAGCUUAAGCCUAACUGCACAGCAUUUAUAACAAGCUACUGUAUUAACAGAGUGCCUGAUUAGUGUCAGAACUAAAUCUUCUUUAUUCCUGAUUCCUAUGCAAAGUGUAUAAUACUGAGUGUUGCUCUGAAUUACAAUCACAAGGUUAAUGGCCUGCUGCUAAAUGUGACUUGAAUUGUGCUCUUUUCUUCACUGAUCUUUUGAUAUUUUUCAUGUAUUGUACAGAUUUAAUUACAAUCUGGCUUGGAAUAUAAAUCUUUUUCACACACAAAACAAUGGCAUAAUGUGCAAACGACGGUCUUUAUAGACUGUCAAACAUCUCAAAGUCACAAAAUGUUAACAAGAGCUAGCAAAGCAAUAUGUUUUUGUGCAGAUAUCUUGAAUACAUUACUGUCCUUUUAUCCCUCCUCAUGUCCUACCUAUCAGUGAUGUGUAUCUUCCACUGUACUACCCAGAAGCUAUACCAACAGCCUUCAGUCUUAUAUAAGAAUGACUUUAUGUAAAUGCAUUAAAGAACAUUUAACCA